AAGAGGUUUUGGCUAUUAAAUUUUUUAUUUUUAGUAAUCUGUUGAUGUGCUGUAGCCCUUAUCAAGUUUUGGCCGGCCGGCUCGCCGCUUCGCAUUUAGCAGUCGUCGCAUACCCGACACUCAGCCAAGUUUUCGUCUCCUUCAGACCUACACCAGAGCCAUUCCAUCUGAUUGUUGGCGAGCCAGUGGUUCCCGAACCCUAAAUGGCGCUGCCUUACUUGGAAGCGGUUUUGGGCUUUAUGAUCUUCAUGUAUAUUUUUGAGACUUAUCUUGACAUUCGACAAAACGGAGCUUUGAAGUUGCCUAGCCUUCCCAAACAGUUAGAAGGAGUAGUGAGUCACGAGAAGUUUGAAAAAUCUAAAGCUUACAGCCUCGAAAAAAGCCAUUUUCACUUUAUUCAUGAAGCUGUAACUAUUGUAAUGGACACAUCAAUUUUGUACUUUGGUGUGCUACCAUGGUUUUGGGAGAAAUCUGGAAAUUUUGCAUCACACAUGGGUCUGAAUUCUGAAAACGAGAUAAUACAUACUCUGUCGUUUUUAGCUGGUGUUAUGGUUUGGUCACAGAUAACUGACCUUCCAUUUGCCCUUUAUUCAACAUUUGUGAUUGAGGCUCGCCAUGGUUUUAACAAACAAACAAUCUGGCUUUUCUUUAGAGACCUGUUCAAGGGAAUUUGUCUUUCCAUCCUGCUUGGGCCACCUAUUGUUGCUGCUUUAAUUGUUAUAGUACAGAAAGGUGGUCCUUAUCUGGCAAUCUACCUCUGGGCUUUUAUGUUCGUUCUUUCCAUUGUAAUGAUGACUAUUUAUCCUGUUCUAAUAGCACCGCUCUUUAAUAAGUUUACCCCUCUUCCAGAUGGAGAACUAAGGGAAAAGAUUGAGAAAUUGGCAGCCUCCCUCAAAUUUCCUUUGAAAAAAUUAUUUGUUAUUGAUGGAUCGACAAGGUCAAGCCAUAGUAAUGCGUACAUGUAUGGAUUUUUCAAGAACAAGCGCAUUGUUCUUUAUGAUACAUUAAUCCAACAGUGCAAGAAUGAAGAUGAAGUUGUUGCUGUUAUUGCCCAUGAACUCGGGCACUGGAAACUAAACCAUACAGUGUUUUCUUUCAUUGCUGUACAGAUAAUCACAUUUCUACAAUUUGGAGGAUAUACCCUUGUGAGGAAUUCUAAGGAGCUAUUCCAGAGUUUUGGUUUUGAUACGCAGCCUGUGCUUAUUGGUCUCUUAAUAUUUCAGCAUACAGUAAUACCCAUCCAGCACAUCGUAAGCUUUGGUCUUAAUCUUGUCAGCAGGGCAUUUGAAUUUCAGGCUGAUGCUUUUGCUAAGAAACUUGGCUAUGGAAAAUUACUUAGAGCAGGCCUUAUAAAGUUGCAGGAAGAGAAUCUCUCAACAAUGAACACAGAUCCAUGGUAUUCAGCCUACCACUAUUCUCAUCCCCCAUUAGUUGAAAGACUUGCUGCUUUGGAAGACCUGGAGAGUAAAAAGGAAGACUAAUUUUCAAACAUAUUUUCAGCUUUCAGCUGCUAAUUCCCUAUAUUUUCCUGAUGAAAAUAUGAAGCACUAUGUGUGAUUCUGUAUAACUGGAAGGGCAGGAUGGUCCUUCCAGAAAAAAAAUUUAUUGUGCUUAGCCGACUCAUGUUAGUAUUAUUAGUGGACUAGAUUGGUGCACGCUUGCCCAUAAUAGGUAGACUUCAUUACUAAAAUUUUGAUAGUGUGGGUAUUUGCCACUUGCUUCAUAAGAGGAUAACAAUUACCUUCAUUUGAAUUAUUUA